CACCACAAACGGAAGAUUCAAAUUAUCUUGUGCAAUAUAUCUUGUCGCCUUAGUCCUGUCGGCAAACUGGACUAAUCUCCCCGAUUUUAGACGUGGCUGGUGGGAGGUUAUAUCGCUGCGGGCUGAUAUGCGAUGCUGAGAGAAGACGCGUAGCGGUGAUGUCAUUAGCAGGGACAAAGCAAACAGAGCAAACAUGGCUGACUAAGAAUUAAGGUUUGUCCCGGAAAGGGCUUAGCGCACCCGCUUGUUGACGAUGUCCCAAAAAGGAAGGUGCUGCUUUGAGUAAUGCGGUUCCCCCGGCAGAGCGCAAGAUCCCUAGGCAAUCCCUUUGUUUUCCAGCCCGCCUGGAUCGCUCAGUCCUAUUUCUUUCCUUUUUCCUCCUGCCGGGCUCAUGGGGUUGUUUUUCUGCUCCUCUCUCCAUUAAUAUUCUUCUGUCCCGCGCGUGGUGAGACCGAAUCUUGCUCUGAGGCUGUUGGUUGUCUGGUGCUUUGUUCUCGGACUUGGCGCGGCUUUCGUUGUUUGUUUGGGGUGGGCUUUGGCUCUGGAGUAGUAUCAGCUCCUCUUCAAAGCUUCUUCUCGACAACUCCUCCCACCCAGCGUCCCAGGACGUAAACAUUCCUUCGCUUCACGUUGUGAAGGCCUCAAAGUCAUUUCUUGCUUCGCAAUGGAUGCAAAGCCUCAUCGCAUUCGUGUCCGUGGGGACGAGAAUGCUCCGUUUCCGCUUGCCGCGAACAAGUCAAUCCACCAGCGGAACAAGUCCACUACCGCGCUGUCCUCGGCUUUUCAGAAUGGUGCCAACAAAAACGGACCUCGUAGGACCGCUUUUGGAGACGUCAGCAAUACCACAAACCUAGCUCAUGGCAACCGCGACGAUGCCUCUCUCGCUGGCAAGAAAACGCUCAAGGUGCUGGAGAAGGCGGCUUUGGUCGCAGAGAAGAAACCCGCUGCACUUUCACAGCCAGCCCAGCGACCGGUAUCCAUGUCCGGCUUGAAGGGUUUGCUUAACAACGCGACCAAUCCCAAGCAGCUUGAGAUUUCCAAGCAGCCAGCUGGACAGCAGCAGAGUGCCAACACCCGCAAAACUCUAAACAAGCGGGCCCCGGUCUUCAAAGACCACCUAGAACCAUUGUCGGAAAAAAGAGAACUCGCGAGAAAGGAAUCUAACCCCGAGUCAAAGGAAGGCAACAACAAGGGCAACCCCAGAAUAACCUCUACGGAGACUGCGCAACAGGACAACGUGAAGAAGGAACCUGUCCUUCCAAACGACCUCUCAGAAAGCCAACUAAGUGACGAAGCUUCAUUGGUCAAGUCUGAGGCUGACGAUGGAGAGAAAGACACCUCGGAGCUUGAAGAUGAUGAUUGCAAAGUACAAAUUGUGACCGGAAAAUCUCGUGCAAUCAAUGCUGCACCUGAUGUGAAAGUCAAUACGAAGAUCUCCCGCAGGUCCGCCACUGCGUCCCGCGCCUCACAUGACUCCUUGCCUCAUCAAUCCGAACCCGAGGAGUACUGGGACGAUGAGGAUGAAGAGAAUGAUGAAGAGAAUGAUGAGGACGAUGGAUAUAUUACAGCACGCUCUUACCGCUCUCGGAGUGAGAACACCACAGGAGGAGCGACUACGCUGCUAUUCCCCAGAUACAACCAGCAAGUGAAACGCGAAUUGGCCUUUGCGAAACAGGUCGUAGAGUCUACUCGUACUGUGGAAGACAUUGAGGAUGAUUACUGUGACACGAGCAUGGUCGCUGAAUAUAGCGAGGAAAUCUUUGAGUACAUGAGGGAACAAGAGAUCAAAAUGCUUCCGAACGCGCAUUACAUGGACAACCAGGCUGAGAUUCAAUGGUCCAUGCGGUCUGUCCUCAUGGACUGGCUUGUGCAGGUCCACCAUCGAUUCUCAUUGCUUCCUGAGACUCUCUUCCUGUGUGUCAACUAUAUUGACCGUUUUCUCUCGUGCAAGAUCGUGUCACUUGGGAAGCUGCAGCUUGUAGGCGCGACUGCUAUUUUCAUUGCUGCUAAAUACGAGGAGAUCAAUUGCCCAUCGGUGCAGGAGAUCGUUUAUAUGGUCGAUGGAGGUUACUCGGUCGAUGAGAUCCUCAAAGCCGAACGGUUUAUGUUAAGCAUGCUUCAGUUUGAAUUGGGUUGGCCUGGGCCCAUGAGCUUCCUGCGCAGAAUCAGCAAAGCUGACGACUAUGAUCUCGAAACUCGCACACUUGCCAAGUACUUCUUGGAAAUUACCAUCAUGGACGAGCGCUUCGUUGGUAGCCCUGCUAGCUUCCUUGCUGCGGGAGCUCAUUGCCUUGCGAGGCUGAUGCUGAGGAAGGGCAACUGGUCUCCUGCUCACGUGCACUAUGCUGGGUAUACAUAUUCUCAGCUUUACCCCCUCAUUUCCCUCAUGUUGGAGUGCUGCGAGAUGCCACGCAAACAUCAUUCGGCUAUCUAUGAGAAGUAUACGGACAAGCGAUUCAAGCUUGCCUCCAUUUUCGUUGAAGCUGAAACGAAAAAGAAUUUUCGGCUUCCUGAGCCCACCAAAGACAGCUCGGGUGUUGACCGCAGACUGAUGUUGGAGUCGGCACUUUGGAAGCGAGCAUAAUCACUUACGACUAUUCUUGUUUCUGCUGUCCAUCAUUUCCUUUUCCUUUGUCUGUUCCUUUCCUCUUGUCGACUUCGCCUUGUAUCUCUAAGGUACAUCGCCUAUGCACUUUUCCUUUGUUGCAACAGAAUAACCUUCGAGGGUCUAAGAUGCCGCCGUGGUUGUUGAAGAAACAGCCACUUUCUGCAACCAUCUAUGCCUCUAUGGAAAUAUGCGAUGAGAGCGCUGGGCGUUGAGAGCAUAUUAUUCUCUUUUCAAUUGAG